AUGGCUCUCCAUUUGGACCUCUACUUAGCCAGCGGCCGAGCGGUGUCGAUCACCGUGAGUCACGAGACGUCUCUGUGCGAGCUGAAGGAGAUGGCACAACAACACUUUGGGAUGGCCAUACGGAAUCUGGUCUCGUCAGACGGACGUUUGCUGGAAGGUGCUCACACACUAGGUGAGGUUGGCUUGGAGGAUCGCGAUGCAGUGACCGUCAUUGCGCAAGCGGCGCGCCUGGUGUCCAACCGCGGUUCCUCGGCCUUCGCGAUGAUCCGGGACGAUGGCACGGUGAUCACCUGGGGAGCGCCCAGUCGCGGAGGCGACAGCAGCAGCGUGGAGGAGCAGCUGGUGAAGGUUCAGCAGGUCAGAUCCUCCUGGUGUUCCUUCGCAGCCAUCCGAACGGACGGUUCCGUCGUCACCUGGGGCGAUCCGAAGUUCGGGGGUGACAGCAGCAUGGUCCAAGCAAAGCUGGUCCGAGUGCAGCAGAUUGAAGCUUCGAGAAGAGCCUUUGCUGCGUUGCUUGCAGAUGGAUCAGUUGUAACGUGGGGAGAUCCCGACACUGGCGGCGAUAGUAGCGAUGUUCAAGAACAGUUAAAGGAUGUUCAACAAAUCGAAGCCUCGUACGGUGCCUUUGCGGCCAUACUUGCAGAUGGUAGUGUGGUAACUUGGGGUGACAUUGAUACUGGAGGUGACUGCAGCAAAGUGAAGCCGAAAUUGAAAGGCGUCCGUCAAAUCCGAGCCUCUCAUGGUUCCUUUGCAGCAAUCUUGCCUGAGGGGCGAGUGCUGUGCUGGGGAAAUCCGGAUAUUGAUAGCGAAAGCUGCCAAGUGCCAGAAGGUUUGCGCGAUGUUCAACAAAUACAAGCUUCAGGACAUGCAUUUGCUGCCAUUCUUGCCGAUGGGAGUGUAACUACGUGGGGAGAUCCUGAUUUCGGCGGUGAUAGCAGCAUCGUGAAGGACCAGUUGAGCGAUGUUCAGCAGAUCAUAUCUUCCAGGAGGGCCUUUGCUGCUUUGCGGCGUGAUGGAACUGUCGUUACGUGGGGGGAUUUGCUGAAUGUGAUUCCAGAAAAUCUCACCAGUCACUUGGUAAACGUCUUGGAGAUUUCUGCGACGAGUGGAGCGUUUGCAGCCCGCUUAGCGGAUGGAAGCGUGGUGACAUGGGGACAUAGCUACGUUGGUGGAGACAGUCAGGCUGGAUCGUCCAUCUCCUCGGUGCCAUCCAAGUGA